ACCCUGCUGUUCCAGUAUGGCGCGGAAGCGAAGCGUUCCCCAGCUCCCUCAGUUUAUCUUACUGAUCUCUGUAAUUUCUCUGCAUUUAAUAGCGUGUCCUUUUACCAAAGUCGAAGAGAGUUUCAACUUGCAAGCCAUUCAUGAUAUUCUUUAUCACAGGUUUGAUUUGGAGAAGUAUGAUCAUCAUGAAUUCCCUGGUGUGGUUCCUCGUACCUUCCUUGGACCGUUGUUUGUCUCGGUGCUCAGCGCACCUAUGACCGUUUUACUCUCCCACCUUGAGGCUCCAAAGUUUUACACACAGACUAUUGUGCGUACUGUUUUGGGGAUGUGCGUCUGCCUGGCUCUAUGGCACAUGCAGCAACAGGUACGGAGACAGUUUGGAUCGCUGGUCUCUGGCCUUUUCUGCCUGAUGUGUGCGUCACAGUUUCACCUGAUGUUUUACAGCACAAGGACUCUACCGAACAUAUUCGCUCUGCCUAUAGUUUUGCUGGCAUUCACAUCCUGGAUGGCUCAAAGGCACGGCCCGUUCAUAAUGCUGUCCGCUUUUGUUAUCAUCGUGUUCCGCUCCGAGCUGUGCCUCCUGCUCGGACUCAUGCUGCUGAUGUCACUUAUGUCCAGGAAACUCAGUAUUAAAAAGCUGCUUUAUUUUGCUGUCCCUGCUGGCAUUUUGUCACUGGGUUUCACUGUUGGUGUUGACUCUGUGUUCUGGAGGAGGCUGCUGUGGCCUGAAGGCCAGGUUCUCUGGUACAACACCAUCUUGAACAAAAGCUCCAACUGGGGAACCUCCCCUUUUCUCUGGUACUUCUAUUCGGCUCUUCCUCGUGCUCUUGGUGCCACCAUCAUAUUUGUUCCAUUUGGUCUGUUGGACAGGCGGAUGCACACGAUGCUGAUGCCCGUCGUGGGCUUCAUCCUGCUUUACUCCUUCCUGCCCCACAAGGAACUCCGCUUCAUUAUUUACACAUUCCCCGUCUUUAAUGUCGUCGCGGCUCGUGGCUGUUCCUUCAUUUUAAACAACUAUCACAAGUCGUGGCUGUAUAAAAUGGGGUCUCUUGCUGUAAUUGGCCAUUUGGUGGUAAAUGGUGUUUAUUCAAGUAUUUCAUUAUACGUUUCACAUCACAACUACCCAGGAGGCAAAGCCAUGCAGGAACUGCACAUGUUAGUACCAGCUGAUUCAGACGUGAACUUGCACAUAGAUGUACUCGCUGCACAGACAGGCGUCUCGCGCUUCUUGGAGCUGAAUAGUAGGUGGAGGUAUGAUAAGAGAGAAGAUCUGCUGCCUACAGACCCACUCAUGAAGACGUACUCGCAUAUACUAAUGGAGGCAAACAUGACACUGAUAUCACUACUUGGUGGCUCUCACAAACCGCUCAUCUACAUCCAGGGUUACGAACGCUUGCUAGUCAACGCUUCCCAGUUUCCUCCACUCAGUGUUAAAUUAACCAAUAAGCUUGUGCUUCUCAAGAGUUUAACGCACUCUGAGCCUAGCUGAUGUGGAAGUGCCAACCUUUCUUCGUGUCUGUGUAGGAGGUCAGAAUAUGCUGGUACGAGUUAACGCCUAAAUGAACAAUCAUCUUUUUCUCCCAUGAUGAUGAUGGCAGCAGAGCUGAUUGACAUGAACCUGGAAUGUACAGCGGCUGAUGGUUGCGUACGUAGGUUGUCUGAGCUCUAUUAACUGACACCUUCUGAAAGCUCCGUCCUCCUCCAGUUUCAUGUUAGUAAUGGUUUGUCUGGUGCUCAACUUUUUUUUUUUUUUUCCCCUCCCCCUGCUUGAAAUAUUCAGCACCUGUGUGUGCUGUCGAGCUACAGGGUGAAUGUUUUGUUUUGAGUUCAUUAAUGUGAAAUAAAAUGUCUUUUGUUCAA